GAACAGCUGUUUCUUCAACGCGCUCAGUAAAAACAAAUUGGCAUGAACAGAAAUACACUAUACAAUCAAAAAUAACAAUUACAACUGGAACUUAAAACUCUGGGAUACAGCAUAGGAAGCGGAGAGGAAAAGCAAUGACGUCUUCAACUUAUCCCCCACUUAGGUAACUCAUAAUAUUGGGGGCAAGUGUUUGUAAUCCUAAUAGACUCUGACCCUAACCUAUGGCUCGCGUAUUUUGAGUAACCGUACUUAUGGCUUCGGGUUUCGGAACAACUUCUAAAACAUGCCAGAGGCUAUCAUGGCUAGCGAAGAGGUAUUACUCAGAACAAGCUCUGCCGAAAAUAACAACGCACUAUACCAUCGUACCAAGAGAUAGUGACCCACGCUGGAAAGAUGUCAAUAUGGAACGCUAUGUUGAUGAGACAGACAUCCUCAUUGUUGGAGGUGGUCCAGCCGGAAUGUCUGCGGCAAUCCGCCUAAAACAGCUCGCAGAAAAAAGUGGAAAGGAGCUACGAGUAACUCUUGUAGAGAAAGCUGCAGAGAUAGGAGGGCAUAUUCUAUCUGGAGCAUGCAUUGAACCUGUAGCUCUUGAUGAGCUUAUACCUGACUGGAAGGAAAAGGGAGCACCUCUUAAUACACCUGUUAAGGAAGACAAAUUUGCAUACCUUACAGAGAAAGGGAGGAUACCAGUCCCCAUCUUCAGCUGGAUGCCAAUGUACAAUCAUGGCAACUAUGUUGUCAGGCUGGGUCAUGUUGUUCGUUGGCUUGGGGAGCAGGCUGAGCAACUUGGUGUUGAAAUGUAUCCUGGGUAUGCAGCUUCAGAACUGCUGUUCCAUGAAGAUGGCAGCCUUAAGGGUGUUGCUACAAAUGAUGUAGGAAUAGCAAAAGAUGGUUCACCUAAGGAAACUUUUGAGCGUGGUAUGGAACUGCAUGCAAAGUGCACACUCUUUGCAGAAGGUUGCCAUGGGCAUUUAUCAAAGCAACUUUUUAAUAAAUACAAGCUACGUGAAAAUUGUGAAGCACAGACGUACGGCAUUGGAUUGAAGGAAGUAUGGGAAAUUGUACCAGAGAAACAUAAACCAGGCACUGUUGAACAUACUAUUGGAUGGCCAUUGGAUCGGUAUACGUAUGGUGGCUCAUUCCUGUAUCACCUUAAUGAACCAUCUCCUUUGGUCGCAGUUGGUUUUGUUAUUGGCUUAGACUAUACAAAUCCAUACAUAAGUCCCUUUAGGGAAUUUCAGAGGUUUAAACAACAUCCAUCUGUCAGACCCACAUUUGAAGGAGGAAAAAGGAUAGCCUACGGUGCAAGAGCUUUGAAUGAAGGUGGAUUUCAAGCAUUACCAAAGCUAACAUUUCCUGGUGGAUGCCUUAUUGGUUGCGCUGCAGGCUUCUUAAAUGUUCCUAAAAUAAAGGGUACUCACUAUGCGAUGAAAAGUGGUAUGCUUGCUGCAGAAGGUAUCUUUGAGGCACUUGAUGAAACAUCGGAAACAACAGGCAUUGAACCAAAAUCUUAUGAGGAUAAAAUUAAGAAUAGUUGGAUUUGGUCAGAUUUAAAAAGUGUAAGAAAUAUACGCCCAUCAUUCCAUAAUCCAUUGGGAUUAUAUGGAGGGUUAAUGUACUCUGGCUUCAGUUUGGUGAUUGGAGGCCGAGAACCGUGGACAUUCAGUCAUGGUGAUCCUGACUGGAAACGACUGAAACCAGCUUCAGAAUGCAAGCCUGUGGAGUACCCUAAACCAGAUGGUGAAGUGAGUUUUGACUUGCUAACAUCAGUAGCUCUGACUGGAACUAAUCAUGAAGGUGACCAACCACCACACCUGACAUUGCGUGAUGAUACAGUGCCUGUUAAACGAAAUCUUGCCAUUUUUGAUGGUCCUGAGGGUCGCUUUUGUCCAGCAGGAGUGUAUGAAUUUGUUCCACUUGAAGAUGGCACUGGGCAGAGAUUGCAGAUAAAUGCACAAAACUGCAUCCACUGCAAAACUUGUGACAUUAAAGACCCAAGCCAGAACAUCAAUUGGGUGGUACCAGAAGGUGGUGGUGGACCAGCUUAUGAUGGAAUGUAAAUGCAGAGUACCACAUGGCAUCAUGCAGAGUCAGCAUCUUUUCAUCAAAGAUUACUGGUUAUCUGGUUAAAAUAAAUCACAUGCCUAUGUUUUUAUUUAUUUAUCUGACAUUUUUUUCAUUGUAUUGAGUUUUUGGCUUAUGACUUUAUGUUUAAGUGAUCAGUGACUUUUGUGGCAUGAUUCUCACACUGAUAAUUAUAAUGUGUCAUUGCUUGUAAUUGUAUCAUUGUCAGUUCAAUAUAAUAUUACAUCUAAUGAAGUAUUUAUACAGAAAUAAUGUAAGUGAUCAUGUAUUUGCAGUGAUUCUUUAAACUCAAUUCAAACUGAGUUAAAUGAACAAUAAUUCAUUUGAAUAAUUUAUAACACAAAGAAACCUAAGCAACUUCUUCAACAUCUUUACAGUCAGCUUGUUAUCUUACAGAGUCAAAAUUUACUGGCAUUGGUCACUCUGAAGAUCAACAACAGAUUCCUACAGAAUGUUGAAUCAGACUACUUGUGAUUUCAGUGUAUGACCCUCUACAACACACGAACCUGCAUGAUGCCAGCAUUGACUUCUUGCCUUCAAAUCAGUACAAAUGAGGAACUGGUGCAAUAGAAUUAAUAAACUGUUAACCUCUUCACAAUUUUCUGUAAUUACAAUAAUUUGUUCCUGGAUUGUGGAAAGCUGCUAAUGGAGAUAAGUUGCACUGAAGACUGACAUCAGUUAUUAUAUAAGUGAGUUCCAAUUAUUCUGGGCAGAUUGUGCAAAAGUUCACAGACAGUUAAUAUUCAGUUUUUCUUGAUUUUUUUUUUUUUUGGUCACUGUAACAGCUUCAUGAAACAGCCUAAAUUUACCAUGUUUGGCAAAUAAUAAAACAAAUUAAUGUUCAGUAAAUAUUAUGGCAGCUAGAUUAAUUGAUUCUUGUACAUGAUGCCUAACAGAUAAGAUACAAGAGCUUUUUUAAUUCAAUCUUAAGAAGAAAGUACACAAGUCUAUAGCCAUUAUAUCAUAUAUUAUGAUAAAAAAUUAAUGGUGACUGUAAGAAAACAUCAUGUAUAUUUUUCAUUCUCUUUUGUGCAUGAUAAAUCGUGUGACAUAUUUCCCGUGGUAAUUUUUGAAAACACUAUAAAUGUAAACUCAUAUCUUACAUUCUCUUGGAUAGGAGAAUGAUAAGAACUCAACAUAUUUCAUCCAAGUUAUUCAUGGAUUAAAUAUAAUUGGCACUUUUUAGGCAAUUGAUUAUAAUUAUCUUUCUUGUGUUGUUAUUUUUAUAUAUUUUUGUAGUAAAAUUGUUCAUUUUUAAGAAGUAAAUUUUAUUUUUUUGAGAGAAUUA